AUGAAUUUUAUUUUAUAUUUAUCCAUUUCCAUAUCUAUAGAUCCGGUUUCCAAAGAGCAAGCACCUAAUAAUUAUCAUAUUGAUUUAAGAAUUUCAUCAUCGAAUGCAGCAUCAGCGGCUGCAUCAACAUCAAAUGCAUCGGUAUCCGGUGCUAUUAGUGGAGGCGGCAGUACUGGUGGUCCAUUACAAGUCACUAAUUCUGGUGAUAUUGCUCAACCAACUGUUACUUAAAAUAAUUCAAAUAAAAUGAAAAAAACAACAGCAACAACAAACGAACGAACAUAAUCCAGACAAAUCUCACUCUCUCUCUCUUCUUUUUUUCAAUAUUUUUUUUCUUGUAUACUCACACACA